CAGCAAAGGCAACAUGGCGAGACGUAUAACAUCAAUUUCUGGAAACACAUUGUAUGGAACUGGGUCUCGUACUGCAGUUCUUACAUACGCCCUCUUCGUCCGUUCAUAUUCCGCUCCAGCGCGCGAAACAGUCACCAAACCGACUGCUUACGACAGACUCCGGCCUGUUAUAUCGACAUUCCAAGCGCCGAUAGAUUGGGCAGCGGCUUAUGGCUCGGGUGUCCUCCCCCAGGCAUCGUACAAGCCCCCAGCGCCGGGAGAUGCGGGACCGCUGACAGACUUGUUGAUCUCCACACCCGACGCAGAGGCUUUCCACAAGAUCAAUCUUGAGCAGAACCCGAGACACUAUCCUGUGUAUGCUAGGUGGAUGGGUGGGAAGGGGGUAGGCUGGGUGCAGGAGAAGUGGGGAGCCGGGGUGUGGUAUGUGACCAUGGUGGACAUUAACGGCGUGAAUGUCAAGUACGGUGUUAUAUCCACUCCUACUUUGGAGAAAGACCUGAAAGAAUGGACCACAUUCUACCUCUCUGGACGCUUACACAAGCCCGUGCUAACCCUACUCCCACCACCACCAUCCCUCUAUUCAGCUCUCAGUACCAACUCUCAUUCUGCCCUCUCUCUCGCUCUCCUCCUCUUACCGCCCUCUUUCACAGAAGAUGCGCUAUGGGAACAGAUUGCUGGGCUAAGUUACUCGGGUGACCCGAGGAUGAGCGUGCCAGGAGCUGAAAACCCGGAAAAGGUGAGGAAUAUCGUAAGAGGUGAGGGGGCGAGAAACGGGUUCCGGGAGGUUUAUGGUGGGCUGUUGAAAGGAUUAGGAAUCAGAUGGGAAGGCGGAGAAAAGGGCGGCGAAGAAACGUGGGAAUGGAAGGGGAAUGGAGAAGAGGUGAUGGUUAGACCUGAUGGAUCAGAAUACCUCGUCUCCCUCGCUCUGUCCUUGCCACUUCCGCUUCGUCAAUCUCUUACCAUUCAUUAUCCUACCCUCUCAUCCGCCUCCGCCUCCAGGGAGCUCUCCAGUUGGGCACCUGUAGUUCAGGACUCCAAAUUCCGAGCCAAUCUCUCGGAAGCAUUGCGCAAAAUCAUCCACGGUCCCGCUUUGCGCCAAAGUAUCAAGGGGCUGUUCACUGCCGGCCCAGUGAAGAGUUUCUGGUACAGCUUGGCCAAGGUCGGGAAAUGGUUCAAGGGGAGAAAAACAAAGUGAAAAAAGAUACAAUUGAAGAAGCCAACAUCCAGCACAAAAUAUCCCGCAUAGUGUAGCCUCAUAGCAUAAUUAGCAUAGACGACAUGGUACAUUCAUGACUGCAU